CAGAAGUCAAAGUUAUUCGACGAGACUUAAAAAAUGAAACAACGCUACCUGAGCAUUGGGAUGACAUGCAUGGGCUGUUGUACUACAGUCAAAGUGGAUAAAAACUCUGAAGAAUAUAAAAAGGUUAAUGACUAUUUCAGCAGAACUGUACAAGCACCUAUUGUGAAGGUUGAGAGGAUCCAGCACAAGUAUCAAUACACCGCUUACAUAAUGAGGAAAGAAUUCAUGAUCAUGAAGAAUGGGCCUGAUGGUGUGAAUGAACGUGAUCUCUUCCAUGGCACUGAACCACAAAACUGUCAGUCCAUC